CGUGGGUCUAGUAGAAGUUGUGUAUAGUAGAGCUUUACUUUGUUUUGGUUUUCAUUCUGUUACGUUUCUGUGGUGUUUGUCCAUACUGAAGUAGUAAUGUUGAAGUCUAAGACUUUUAUGAAAAAGACCCGCUCUGGCGGUGUAAUGAAGAUCGUUCGAGAGCACUACUUACGAGACGACAUUUGGUGUGGAUGUGAGCUAUGUCCCGAAUGCCCGGUUCAAGAGAAUUGGGUACUUGAGAGCUGUCCCCCUUUGGAGAGUAAGCUGUUUUCAACCCCACAUUAUAUGUUGCCUGAUACUAAUGUGGUGCUUCACCAGAUUGAUGUUCUUGAAGACCCUGUUAUUACAAAUGUGAUCAUCACUCAGACAGUUUUGCAGGAAGUCAGAAGCCGAAGUGCACCGGUGUACAAACGAAUCAAGGAUUUAAUCAAAAGCCCUGAUAGACACUUUUACACCUUCACCAAUGAACACCACAGAGAAACCUACGUUGAACAAGAACAGGGUGAAAGUGCUAAUGAUCGAAAUGACCGAGCUAUCCGUAUGGUGGUAAAAUGGUACAAUCAGCACAUCCGAAAAGGCAGACACAACUUAAAGGUGGUUUUAGUAACAAAUGACAGAAAUAAUAAAGAAAAGGCAGUUGGAGUAGGACUAGAGGCAUAUACAUGUGAAGAAUAUAUAAAAAGUUUGAUUGCUCAUCCAGAACUUGUUGAUCGCCUUGCUUGUGUAUCUGAUGAAAAUAGUGAGAUAACAAGUAGCAGGAAUAUCUACCCAGAGCAUCUUCCUCUUUCUAAGUUGCAGCAGGGUAUUAAAUCUGGGGCCUUUCUACAGGGUACCUUCAGAGCAAACAGGGACAAUUAUUUGGAAGCAACAGUUUGGGUUCAUGGAGAAGGAAACAAUGCCAAAGAGGUCCUUGUCCAGGGGCUGAUUAAUUUAAAUCGAGCAGUUCAUGAAGAUAUUGUGGCAGUGCAGUUGCUUCCAAAAGACCAGUGGGUAGCACCAUCAUCUGUGGUCCUUCAAGAUGAAGGGCCAGCCGAAGAUGAGGAUGAAGAAGAGAAAGAAAACAUUCUAAAGAAUAUUGUCAAUACAAACUUGGCAAAACCCACAGGUAAAGUGGUUGGAAUUAUCAAAAGGAAUUGGAGACCAUACUGUGGUAUGAUUGCAAAGUCGCACAUAAAAGAGGCAACAAGGCAUCUCUUUACACCAGCUGAUCGUCAGAUCCCCAGAAUUCGCAUAGAAACAAGACAAGCGUCAGUACUGGAACAUCAGAGAAUAAUUGUUGCUAUUGACGGGUGGCCCAAGAACUCUAGGUAUCCUAAUGACAUGAGAUAUCGAGUGGAUCUGAGACAUCUUUACAUUUGUAGUGUGGAUCCUCCGGGAUGUACAGAUAUUGAUGAUGCUCUACAUUGCCGGGAGCUGCCAAAUGGAAACCUUGAGGUUGGUGUACAUAUUGCUGAUGUUAGCCAUUUUAUACGACCUGGAAAUGCUCUGGAUCAAGAGUCUGCUAAAAGGGGAACGACUGUGUACCUUUGUGACAGGAGGCUUGAUAUGGUUCCAGACUUGCUUAGUUCAAAUUUAUGCUCUUUGAGAUCCGAUGGUGAAAGGUUUGCAUUUUCUUGCAUAUGGGAAAUGAAUCGGAAUGCUGAGAUUAUAAAAACAAAAUACACAAAAAGUAUAAUUUUUUCUAAGGCAUCCCUUACAUAUGCUGAAGCUCAGAUGAGAAUCGAUGAUAAAAGCAUGAAUGAUGAAAUUACUGUGAGUUUACGCUGGUUGAAUAAGCUUGCAAAAAUUCUUAAAAAGCGAAGGAUAGAUAAAGGAGCUUUAACACUGUCGUCACCAGAGGUCCGUUUUCAUAUAGACAGUGAGACUCAUGAUCCAAUUGACCUGCAGACCAAAGAGCUAAAGGAAACUAAUUCCAUGGUUGAAGAGUUUAUGUUACUUGCUAAUGUCUCAGUUGCAGAAAAGAUUUAUGAGGAAUUUUCAGAAUGUGCACUGCUCAGGAAACAUCCUGCUCCUCCUCCAUCAAAUUACGACAUCCUUAUAAAGGCAGCAGCAUCUUGGAAUGUGGAAAUUCAUACUGACACAGCAAAAGCUUUGGCUGAUUCCCUGGAUAAGGCAGAAGUGCCAGAAUUUCCAUAUUUCAACACACUGAUAAGGAUUUUGGCCACCCGCUGCAUGAUGCAGGCUGUGUACUUCUGCUCAGGAAUGGAUACCGAUUUCCAUCAUUAUGGUCUAGCAUCACCUAUUUACACACAUUUUACAUCUCCAAUUAGAAGGUACUCUGACAUCAUAGUUCAUCGACUGUUGGCUGUUGCUGUAGGGGCAGACUGCACAUAUCCAGAUCUCAUGGACAAACACAAGCAAGCAGCACUCUGCAACAACUUGAACUACAGACAUAAAAUGGCCCAGUACUCACAGCGAGCGUCUGUCGCAUUUCAUACUCAGCUGUUCUUCAAAAGUAAAGGUAUUGUGGAUGAAGACGGAUAUGUCUUGUUUGUGAGAAAAAAUGCAAUCUCAGUGUUAAUCCCAAAGUUUGGUUUAGAAGGCACAGUUUUCUUUGAAGAAAAGGAUAAAGCAGCACGAAAUCUGAAGUAUGAUGAGGAGAUUCCAACACUUACUGUGGAAGGUGUAGUAUUUCGUGUUUUUAUGAAGGUGACAGUAAAAAUUUCUCUAGAUGCUUCCAACAUUCAACAUCAGAAAAUAAGAAUGGCACUAGUGGAGCCUAAGAUACCAGGGAUCAGCGUUCCUAGUUCAGUCAAUGGUAAAACCGAACCCGAAGUUAAAAGACCCAAGUUGAGCACAUAGACAUACUGAAACAUUUUUAACAAUUAACAUUAUAUUUAUUAAAAUUUUUUUUAUUGAUCUCAUGUUUUUUUGAAUAUAUAAUGUAGUCAUAAUGUUACCAAGUAUCCAUACCGCCUUCUUUAGCAAACUGUUUAAUGUAAUUGAAACAGAUUUGAAAUGGAUUUAACUUAAGUAGAUGGGUAUACCUCAAUAUCAGAAAAUGGAACUAGUCAAUAGUGUUAGCAGUUUUUUCAUGUGAUGACCUGUCUGUGUAUUGCAACAUUGGUUUUAAAUUCAUUAGUUUUAUUCUGUUAAAAGUGGGUACCAUGAUAAAUUAUAUAAAAUCCUUAA